AUGACGCUAGGCGUGCAUCCAUACCAUGCUAGUGAGCUAUUCGACGGAGAAAUAUGCCGAGGAAACAAGACCACAUAUCUUGAUUCUCUAGAGGAGAUGGGAGAAAUGCUGCUCGCCGAGGAAUCCACACCACUAGCAGCAUUUUUGGAAAUUGGUCUCAACUACGUCUUUGUUGAUCCUGCGGACAAACAGAUACAGCGUCGUGCCUUCCGAGACCGGUUGGAGCUAGCGACUCACUUCUAA